CAUUAUUUUCAUUAUAAUUAUAAGGAAAGAAAUUAAAAAUAAACUCAGGAAGCGCUACCGUACAUUACGCUCACGCAGAGUUCCCAAGACAACCCUCCCUCCCAAAAUAGAAGCAUGUUUACCUCUUCGCAGCGGCCCUUUCAAACCCUCAGUCCGUCCACUCACUCCUCCUCGUGAGACAGAGGCUCAACACCGACAAUCGACUCUGCAACUGAGACGGCGGAUCAACGGAAAAAGAACCCAAUUUGAACGAGACAAGGAAGGGUAUGGGGAACUGGUCUGGACUUUGUGAUGAAAUUCUAGAUCUGAUUGUGGAUCAGUUUUCGGCAGUUGAAGAUAUUGUUAAUUUUGGUGCGGUUUGCCGGCAAUGGCGGUCAGUUUCAGUCAAGAGGUGGCCCUUAUCCACUGAAUAUCUUUGGCUGAUGCUUGCAGAGAAGGAAAGCAGUGAUAACCGGGGCUUCUACAGUUUCUCCACCAAAAAGGUUUACUACUUGAACUUGCCAGAGGCCUGCGGGAGGAAGUGUUGGUCCUCCUGCGGUUGGUUGAUUACUUUUGGGCUUGAUUUGGAGAUUCAAUUAUUAAACCCCUUUUCUCGACCUCGGGUUCUAAUUCGACUUCCACCUCAACCAACACUCCCUUAUCAAUACUCCACUGAUACAGGUCCAAAAUCUGUCCGCCGGUUUUUUAUACGGAAAGUGAUAUUGUCCUCAAGACCAUCUAGUGAAGAUGACGAUGAAAAAUGCGUGGUUAUGGCAAUAUAUUCCGAAGACAGGAAAUUAGCUUUCUUGAGAUUGGGAGAUGAAGUUUGGACUCCUGUAGAUACUCAUGAAGGUAUCGCUAACUUUGUAGAUGGUCAUGUACGUAUCACUGAUGUCAUCUACUUCAAUGGUCAAUUCUAUGCUAUCACUAAAAGAGGGGAACUGUUGAUUGUGGACAUUUCCAGUUCUCAUCCAAAGACGAUUGAGUUCGCUGAACCACCGGAAGGUGUAGACGAUUUUGUGGAUUUUUAUCUUGUGGAGUCAGUAGGAGAACUCUUUAUGCUUGCAUGGGUUGUAUAUGUUGGAGGUGAAUGGACAAGCCCAAGUUGGUUUGAUGUUUAUAAGUUCAAUUUUGAUAACAGGAUGUGGACGAAAGUUAAGAGCCUGGACAAUCGUGCGCUGUUUGUGGGUGAUAAUGCCUCCUUCACCAUCUUCCCCUCUAACCAUUUAGGAUGUGAACCCAACUGUAUGUACUUCGCUGAUGAUGAUUUAUUUGGUGGUUGCGAGAAAGUAAGAGCUGGUCGUGACAUGGGAGUGUAUCAGACGGAGACUAAGAAAGUGGAUUAUCGCAGUCCCGACAUCCUUUCUAGUAUUUGUGCACCUAUUUGGAUUAAUCCUUCUCCAUAGUGAAGAGGUUGCUUCUGGAUUUGUUUCCUAAUGUCAAUCUAAUUUGUGACAAGUAACUUUUUCUAUCUCAGCUUCUAUUUUUGUAAGUGAACUAGGAUAGUUUAGCUAUUGUUAGUUUAUAUUUCUAGUGAGUAAUCUAUUGAAUGGUUUGCAUUUUCUGUUUUA